AUGGAAAGAGCCAAUGAUGCAAGUAACGGUGGUGAUGAUCUAGGUGGAGGCCGUGUGAUAAUUAAGACAGAAGACGAUGAGAAGGUAACAAUCAAGGUGCAAAAAGAAGGAAUGGCUGAUUUCUACUUCACUAUGAACCGUGAUGAACCGUUAAGAAAGCUUAUGAUCGCGUUCUGUGAGCGUCUGAGUCUAGGUGAUUACAGGUCGUUCAGGUACCUUCUGAACGGUAGCAGGAUUCGUGGCCACCAAACUCCCAACGAGCUUGAAAUGGAAAAUGACGAUGUUAUUGAUGCUUGGAUUGAUCAAAUUGGUGGCGCUAGCUUCUCCUGGUCAUGA